UGUGACAGACAGCUCGGACACCGACUAACUCUCACGAACACAGAAUGGAAAAAGGGAAAAGGAGUAACACAGAGGCAGAAACACGAGAAGUGAGCUGUGUACCGACGAGGCAAAUAAAGGACACCUGCAAUUUUUUUGGCCCACUUUAAGGAAAUCUCUGCCUGAUUCAGCUUUAGACACACUGCUGGAGCUCAACAUGGCCUCCCACUGCAUCACAUAGGAGUGGAUCACAAAGACUUCUGGUGAGGUCCCCAUUGUAACCAUGGAUUCCCAGGUGAAGGAGCCCCAGGGGCGCGGGCUGUCCUCUCUAUUUUCUUGCUGCUUCAAAGGAAGCGACCAACCAGAGAUCACCUACUGCCAUGAUAACAUGAACACUGCGGCUAUACUGGAGCCCACUCUGCCCAUGCCCCCCCCUCAAGAGCUGGACUCUAUGUUCACUGAGCUGGUGGAUGAACUGGACCUGACAGAGGAGUACAGGGCUGCCAUGUUUGCUUUGCCAGCAGAGAAAAAAUGGCAGAUCUACUGUAGUAAGAAAAUGGAGGCAGAGGAGAACAGAGGAGCAACCAGUUGCCCAGCUCAUUAUAUUGACCAGCUCAGGUUCAUGGCUGCUAGGAAGACUCUGCUCACACUGGCGGAUGAGGAAGAGCAGGGAAGCCAUAAGAUCAUAGAUGAUCUGAAGACAGCACUGAGGACACAGCCAAUGAGGUUUGUGACACAAUUCAUUGAAUUGGAUGGCCUGUCUUGUAUCCUGAAUUUCUUAAAAUCAAUGGACUAUGAGACUAUGGAAUCACAGGUCCACACCUCGUUGAUUGGCUGCAUCAAAGCUCUGAUGAACAACUCCCAGGGCAGAGCUCAUGUCCUGGGUCACUGUGAAAGCAUUAACAUCAUCGCACAAAGUCUCUCAACUGAAAACAUCAAAACCAAGACUGCAGUGUUAGAGAUCCUGGGGGCAGUAUGUCUAGUGCCAGGAGGCCAUAGGAAAGUACUUGAAGCCAUGCAGCACUACCAGAAAUUUGCCUCGGAGAGAACACGCUUUCAGGCCCUGGUGUCAGACUUGGAUCGAUCCACAGGCCGUUACAGAGAUGAAGUUAAUCUGAAGACUUCCAUUAUGUCCUUCAUCAAUGCUGUGCUCAGCAAAGGAGCAGGAGAGACUAGCCUGGAGUUCCGCAUCCAUCUGCGCUAUGAGUUUCUGAUGUUGGGCAUUCAGCCGGUCAUUGACAAACUGUACUCCCAUGACAACGAAACCCUGGACAGACAUCUGGACUUUUUUGAGAUGUUGAGGAAUGAAGAUGAGCUUCUGAUGUCCAAACGCUUCAAUGUUGUCCAUAUAGAUACUAAAAGUGCCAGCCAGAUGUUCGAUCUCAUCAAGAAAAAUCUGAACCACACUGAGGCUUACCCUCACUUCCUGUCUGCACUGCAGCACUGUCUCAUGAUGCCAUAUAAGCAGAAGAGUGCUGCUCUUCAGUACUGGGUGUUAUUGGACCGGAUCAUUCAGCAGUUGGUUCUGCAGUCAGACAAAGGUGAAAACCCAGAUGUGGCACCGCUGGAGGACUUUAACGUUAAAAACAUAGUACGCAUGCUCGUGAAGGAGGAUGAGGUCAAACAAUGGAAAGAACAAGCUGAUAAAAUGAGAAAAGAACAUCAGAGCUUGCAGCAGCGUUUUGACAAAAAAGAGAGGGAGUGCGAGGCAAAGAAUAAGGAGAAAGACGACAUGAUGGAGAUGUUGAACAAGAUGAAAGACAAGCUGGAGCGAGAGAGCAACGACCACAAGCAAGCAAAACUCCAAGUCGCAGAGCUGUCUGCUCGACUGCAGCAGCUCAGCAGCACCUCCAGUGUUCCAGGCGGACCCCCUGUUACUUCUAGUGGUUUACUUCCUCCUGCCCCAUCUAUCCUUUCUCCUAUUCCUCCACCUCCACCUCCACCACCACCACCUCCCCCAGGAGCCCCGCCAGCUUUUGGCAGCGCUCCAUUUGCCCCACCUCCUCCUCCCGGAGCUCCACGAGGAGCUGCCCCGAAGAAGAACAUUCCUCGACCAGCAAACCCACUGAAGUCAUUCAACUGGAGCAAACUUCCUGAGAACAAGAUAGAAGGAACCAUCUGGAAAGAGAUCGACGAUCUGAAGGUGUUUAAAGUCAUGGAUCUGGAAGAGUUCCAGCAGACCUUCUCAGCGUACCAGAAGCCACAAAAGAGUGCUGAGGAUGACCAUACAUUUGCCAAGAAAGUCAAGGAGCUGUCAGUGAUCGAUGGUCGGCGAGCACAGAACUGUAACAUUCUGCUCUCACGGCUAAAGCUGACCAACGAGGAGAUUCGCCAUGCCAUCCUGACCAUGGAUGAACAGGAAGACUUACCUAAAGACAUGCUGGAGCAGCUUCUAAAGUUUGUUCCUGAGAAGAGUGACAUCGAGCUGUUAGAAGAACACAAGCAUGAGCUGGAUCGAAUGGCCAAAGCAGAUCGCUUCCUGUAUGAGAUGAGCAGCAUUGACCACUACCAGCAGAGACUCCAGUCCCUCUACUUCAAGAAGAAGUUUGCUGAAAGAGUGGCUGAGGUCAAACCCAAAAUCAAAGCUCUUUGUCUUGCGUCCAGAGAGGUGGUACAGAGCCGGGCUCUGCGUCAGCUCCUAGAGGUGGUUCUGGCCUUUGGUAACUAUAUGAACAAAGGACAACGAGGAAAUGCCUACGGCUUUAAAGUGUCCAGUCUCAACAAGAUAGCUGACACCAAGUCAAGCAUUGACAAGAACAUCACUCUGCUCCACUACAUGAUCACUGUACUGGAGAAUAAGUACCCAAAGGUGUCAGCUCUCAGUGAAGAGCUACAGAAUGUGCCACAAGCUGCUAAAAUCAAUAUGACAGAGUUGGAGAAGGACAUUGGGAGUCUGAAAUCUGGCCUGAAGAGUAUUGAGGCGGAGCUGCAGUACCAGCAGGCUCAGUCCUCUCGAGGUCCUGGAGAUAAGUUUGUCUCUGUGGUUGGUCAGUUCAUCACUGUGGCGUCCUUCAGCUUCUCUGAAGUAGAGGAGUCACUCAUUGAGGCCAGACAAGAGCUUGAAAAGGCACUGAGACACUUUGGAGAAGACCUGACCAAGCUGCAGCCAGAUGAGUUCUUUGGGAUCUUCGACAGUUUCCUCACAGCUUUUUACGAGGCCAAGCAGGACAACGAGAACUUGGCCAGACGCAAGGAGGAGGAGGAGAGACGGGCACUCAUGGAGGCACAGCUGAAGAAAGACAGGGAGCAGAAGGCGAGGAAAGCUAAUGAAGAGAAGGGCGGUGAAUUCGAUGACUUGGUGUCUGCUCUGCGCUCUGGAGAGGUGUUUGAAGGGGAACUGUCCAAAAUGAACCGUAAAAAACAGCGGAGACAUAACACGUUUGACAUCAGCCGGGAGAGACCAGCAACAAAGCUGGACCAGUGAGGGGACACCUCAUGUUCUGUUACAGCCAUGUCACAGAACACAAGGACGUCUCGCUAACACUGUGCUAAUGUCAGUUAGACUUCAAUGCCAAUUCUGCUUCAUGGAUCAGCGUUGGACAUAUAUACUUUGGCCCUUUAUUGCUAACAUGCACUAUCACAGCCAUCUCAUCACCUGUAGAAAUUAACCUGGUUUUAUAUGGAGGCAACUCCGAGGAAUUGUUCAGACAUGUUGAAAAGAAUGGACGCGAUAAACAUGUCCUGUGUUACACGCACUGCCACAAUGAAUGGUCUUCCAAACCAGACUAAAAGUCAUCACUGGUGUCGCACUCACCAGAGCAUAGAACCCUGGACAUGUUCACCUUCUCUACGCUCUACAUACAGGACAUUCAGAUGGACGGCUGGACAUCACUGUGAUGAGAAGACCCCAAGAAGCUGCACACAGAUACUCUACUUUGCUUGACUGUAACUUAAAGACUGUUAGACUGUUUGACAUUAAUAUUUUAAAAGAGCAUGUUUCAUGAACAAAAUGCAGUUAAUGAGCGAGGCCACAACCUUUUCCUUGUGAACUGAACUUGCACUACCCUAGUUUGUGUAUUGACUAAAACUGCCUACCUUUAUACUGUGUGUGUGAGAGGGGUGUGUGUGGUCUAAGUGUGGAUACAACCAUGUACCAUGUUAUUGAGUCCAGAGCAGUGGCUCUUAAGCUUUUGUGGGCCAGCCCCUCCCGAUCUAUCACCCAGGUCCCUGAGAACACCCCUAUCAAAGAAAAUGUAGGCUAACGAACGUGAAUGUUAAUGUUUAAUGAGUUCAUAAUUGUGAUUAUUAUUGUUAUUAUUGUUAGUAUUAUUACUCUUUAUAUUAUAUAAAAUGCUUAUUGUAUGUAUUUAUAGCAGAAAUAUGUGAGUUGGCAAUCAUUAUCCACAAGUGUAAUACACCAAAUGUUGUCAAACAGUCUUAUAUGUUCCUGAUUUUCGAAUGAAUGACUCCUGCUUUCAUGGUUGGUGGGAGGUUGUGAUUUUUAACAAUUUAUAAGAACGCCUGCAACAGAAUUUUGCUUAAAUCAUUCCAGAAAAUGCUUGUAAAAAUGUGCAGUUAGUCCAUCUGAGCCCAGAGAUGUGUUCAUCUUAAAUUUACUAAUUUUACAUACCUUGUUCAAUUAUUCAGUAUAUAUCAAACUAUAUUAAAGAAAUUUGAACAUUCA